AUGGACACAGGAAACCACGACAUAACACUAGACAAGGACUUUUACACACAUCACGGUUCAGCGUUUCACAACCAGAACCCUCAGUCUCACUCACAAUGUCUCCAGCUGCUCACAUCCUCACCAUCCAUCACAUACCUCCAUCACGAAUCGGCGACGAUUCGUCUACGCUCCCCCGAGGGACCAGGCACCCAAUUCACAGUCUUUGGGUCGCCAUAUUCGCCCCGAUACGGCCUCUGGGCCUUUUCCUACGACGCCCCCGCCUCUCCCGGCGGCGACUUGGCCCUGACGAGUCUGUGGGAUGAUAUCCCGCCGAGUACUGACAUUGUGGUAACGCACACUCCGCCCAAGGGAUGCCGUGAUGAAACAAGUAGCAUGCAAACGACGGGGUGUGAGGCUCUAAGAAGAGCACUCUGGAGGGUGAGACCGCGGCUCGCUGUCUGCGGCCAUAUCCAUAGUGGACGGGGCGCGGAACGGGUUCUCUGGGACCAGGAGGACAGAUUCUCCGCAGCAAGCGUCAGGGCCUGGGAGGAUCCUGGGGCUGGAAAUAAUAAAGUGAGCUUGGUGGAUCUUACGGGGAGGAAGGCGCCUUUGUUGGAGGAGGGGGAAACGUGCGUGGUGAACGCGGCCAUUAUGAAGAGCAGUUACCCGCAUGUGGGUGGGAAGCAAUUCCAUAAACCUAUUGUCGUGGAUGUGAAUCUGCCGCUGUGCGCAGAGGAGAGUUGA